AUGUCGGAAAAUCAAACUCGACCGAGUCAAUCGGUGUCCAAACCCGCCUGGCCGGCAAGAUCGAAUGCAUUUGUCUCGAUACAAGACGAGGGCAGUGCUUCUGCAUCUGCAUCUGCAUCCGGGUCUGCCCUACACUCAGCCUACUCGACGGAUUCUGUCUUGACAGGGCUACAGCAAAACCCUUUAUCCGUCAUGUCCUCUCCCGGUGACCACAUGCCUGGAAGCUUCUUUUCGUCCUCUGAUACCCCGUUUCCGGAUUACUCUGGCUCUUUUGACUCCUAUUCAUUCCAGCAUAUCCAAAGCGACUCCCAGUAUUCUUUUUCUUCUCCUGCUUCAUCGCUUCCUCCUCGCUUCGUGGACUCGUCCUCUGUUGCUAUCGACGGUGUGCCAAGUCACCAGACCGCUACGGGACCAUGGUCACAUCUUGCUGCCACUGAGGGCAUGACUUCGUUAUUGCCUGGAACUUUGAACCCCACUGAACCUGGACUGGCAUCUCAACAUCUUAGAACCCCUGUUCAUAAUCGUGCGUAUUCUUCAGCCAGCGCACGAAAAUCUCUAGGAGACUCGGGCUACGAAACUCGAUCAAGGAAAUCUCAGCAUGAGGUCGACUCAGUGAUGGAAGAGCGGACAGAAAUGGACGAACGUGACACGAUGACACCCAUACCUUAUCUCCUGCCUGACUCAUAUACCCUCUCCAAUUCCUCCACGGUUGGGCAACCGGCAACUCAGCGACCACAGCAGAGAAGUAGAGAAUUGGAAUGCGUGGAAUGUGAUUUUGUGGGCAAGACCAGGUCCGAUCUGAAGAAACACUCUGCUCGCCACAAACGCGAGCACAAAUGUCCCUUUCAGAACUGCCAGCGGCAUACCCAGGGAUUUGCAACUGUUAAUGACCUUGACAGACAUCUGAAAGCCGUGCAUAACAUCAACAAAAGGAACAGCAGAUCCUACAAAUGCUUUGCCGAUGGUUGUAGUAAAGCUGAAAAGGAAUGGCCCCGCUUGGACAACUUCAAGCAGCAUCUCAAAAAGAUGCACAAAGAUAAGAAGAUGGAAGAACUGCUUGAAUUGUCCAACAAGUGGUAUGAAAAGACUCUUCAGCAAACACAAGCUGAUGAGACGGCUUCCCUCGCGACCUCAGUCCCCUCGCGCUCGUCCCAUCCGUUGAUUUCCAUUCCUGACAAUGACUAUGCGGCUCCAACUCCUCCCUUCGAUUCAAAUGCCACCGAGACGCUCCAGAUGUCUCGCCCAUUAGGUCACAAUGAUCCUCUAAUCAACCACGAUCUCACUCACGCCAUGUCGCAGCAAAAUCAGGAUCGAUCCACAUCUACGGCGACUCACGCACUCAGCUUGCAGCAACAGCAGAGCCUUUCAACCCUUGAUACCAAUAAUCUCUCAUCAACCACGGCCUACGUGCAGCAAAGGGCAUGGUCACAGGCCGAUUUUUCUCGUUAUCAGGAUCUGUCGCACCUCCAUUCCGACUUCACCAAUCAAAGAGUCAACUGUCACUUCUUGUCCCGUCCGGCUCGGAAAUCCUCUGACGCCACAAACGCUGCGAUGAGAACGAACUCUGUACUCGGCUACUUCCAGCCAGGGAGGUCAAAACGGCCAAAUACAAUUGCUGUCCCAGACCUCGACCCGGAUCGAAUGACCGACUUCGUCUCACCCCAGGAACUGCCUCAUGUCCCACCAGACCUCGGUGACUCACAGGAAGACUUCCUUAGCUAUGUCGGAUGUAGUACUAACUCCGCCACCGCCGACAACAGCUCAGUGCCUUUACCGCACCAAGGCUUCCAAGCCAGCAUGAUGCAUGCCGAGAAUACAUCUAAGUCCGGACUUCAGAAGGCAAUGGAAGAUGAGAUCAGCUCCUUUUUAGAACUCCAUCGCUCAAACGGAGGGAACGAAUUCCGUUCUGACGAGGAGAUUCUGAACCAAUUCCGAUUAUCUUUGCACUGCAACGAUGGCGUGACGAGUUAUGCCGCCUCAUCUGUUGGGCCGGCUUCGAGGAUCACCGAUGCUGAACUUCCUGGUGGUUUUCGACUGUCCCCGACAAAGCCGGCGCAGGUCUCAUGCCAGUAUCCGGGAUGUACAAAGGUGAUGCAAAGGCAGAGCGAGCUGAAGAAACACAUGAAACGCCAUUACAAACCGUACGGUUGUGUCUUCGACGGAUGUACCAAGACCUUCGGCAGCAAAGACGACUGGAAAAGGCACGAGCAGACUCAACACGAGCAACAAGAGUGUUGGUUUUGUGAUAAAUGUUUCCGGGUCUUUUUCCACGAUUUCUCAAGCUAUAUCGGGCAUAUGCGGGAAGUUCAUUCGGUUUCACGACCUGAAGAAUAUGCCACGCAACGCCGAAUCACCCGCAAUUAUCAGGGCGGAUUUUGGUGUGGUUUCUGCAAGACCAUCAUCACACACUCUAUGACUGAUGUCGAGGCCCUCACGUUGCGCUUCGAUCAUAUUGCGGAUCACUUCAUGAAGGACCACAAGUCUAGCAAAGACUGGGUCGAGCUCACGGGCCAUGGAAAGACUAAAGGGGCACUGUGUGAGAAGGGGAAGCCAGACGAAGGCAUCGCAGAAGAAGAGGACGGUGCCUUAGAAGCCUCACAAGCACCUUCCGAGGCUGCUCAGUCAUCAGCUUCGCAGCAAAGCGGCUUCUCUUCCGCUCACCAACCCUUAUCAGCACAAUCCUUCAGCCCUUCCAGCACCAAGCAGGAAUCAUCACGUAUGGACUACAUACGUGAUUCGACGAUAAUGCCUCAAACGCCUGAUAUGUCCACGACGGCCCAAAGUCAGGGCCAGGGCCAGGGCCAGGGCCAGAAUUCGAACUCGAACUCGGGCUCUCAUCGUGGCGACCAUAAACGCUAUGCCACAGUCAUCAUCUGCUGCCAGUGCAAAAUGUCCAAUGCCUAUCGCUUAAGCACGCGCUGUAUGGAUCCAGCAUGCCAUCAAGAAUUCUGCCCCAGGUGUACCUUGAAAAACCCCAAGGAUGCACGUUAG